AUGGCUUCCUCCGAUGUUGAGGCCGCCACUGCCCUCAAGGUGCAGGGCAACAAGGCCUUCGCCCAGCAUGACUGGCCUACCGCCAUAGAGUUCUACACCAGCGCGAUUGAGAAGUACGAUCAGGAGCCCUCGUUCUUCUGCAACCGGGCCCAGGCGCACAUCAAACUUGAGGCCUAUGGCUUUGCGAUUGCCGACGCCACCAAGGCGUUGGACCUCGACUCCAACUAUGUCAAGGCCUACUGGCGACGAGCCCUGGCGAACUCCGCCAUUCUUCACUACAAGGAUGCCUUGAAGGACUUCAGGGCUGUGAUCCGGAGAGAACCCAACAACCGGGACGCGAAGCUAAAGCUGACCGAGUGCGAGAAGCUCGUCCGUCGGCUGGAGUUCGAGAAGGCCAUCGAGGUCAGCGACCCCCCGUCUGCGUUUGAGAGCCUGGAUAUCGAUUCGAUGGCGGUGGAACCCAGCUAUGAUGGUGUGCCGCUGGAAAAGGAAAUGACGCAGGAGUUUAUCGACGACAUGAUCGAACGGUUCAAGAACGGCAAGAAGAUCCCGCGGAAGUACGUCUUCCAAAUAAUCAAGGCUGUCAAGGACAUCGUCUAUGCGGAGCCGACGAUGGUGGAGAUUGGCGUGGAUCAGGGUCACAGGCUGACGGUGUGCGGUGACACGCAUGGUCAAUUCUUCGAUCUGCUGGAAAUUUUCCGCUUGAACGGAUUCCCUAGCGACACCCACGCCUACCUCUUCAACGGCGACUUUGUGGACCGUGGGUCAUGGUCGACGGAGAUUGCCCUGCUCCUCUACGCAUACAAGUGGCUGCGGCCCAACGGCAUCUUCCUGAACCGCGGUAACCACGAGACGGACGACAUGAACAAGGUGUACGGGUUCGAAGGCGAGUGCAAGGCCAAGUACAACGAGACGGUGUUCAAGGUCUUCUCCGAAUCCUUCUCCGCUCUGCCGCUGGCUACCUUGAUCGGCAACAAGUUCCUGGUCCUCCAUGGCGGUCUGUUCUCGGACGACAACACCACCCUGGCCGACAUCCGCAAGUUGAACCGCCACAAUCAGCGCCAGCCCGGCCAGCAGGGCUUGAUGAUGGAGAUGCUCUGGACUGACCCGCAGACCGAGCCCGGUCGCGGACCCAGCAAGCGCGGUGUUGGCCUCCAGUUUGGCCCGGAUGUCACCAAGCGUUUCUGUGAAAGGAACGGCCUGGAGGCUAUCAUCCGCUCGCACGAGGUCCGCAUGGAUGGUUACGAAGUCGAGCACGAUGGCCGGUGUAUCACCGUCUUCUCUGCUCCCAAGUACUGCGACACGACGGAGAACAAGGGAGCCUUCAUCAAGAUCGGUCCCGAGCUCAAGCUGGAGUACCAGGUCUUUGAGGCCGUUCCCCACCCGGACAUUAAGCCGAUGUUCCUCACCUCCGACAAGUCCAGCUUCGCCUCCGUCUCCGCCCACGAGCGCUGGCCCGUUAUCCUGACGGGUGCGAUUGACGACUUGCAUCGGACCGUCGGCAACGUGACCGAUGACGACAAGCGCCAGGAAGGAAAAACCAUCAUCGAGAACCUCGCCAAGUUCAAGUAUGAGCUGCAACACAACAGACAGUUGACUCCCCUCCCCGAAGACGGCCAGCCAGACAUUGCGGAGUACAACAAGGAACUGGAGCAACGAGGAAACCCCUCAUGGCACGAUGUCUCAUGGCUUUACUCAGAAUGCUACCUCUACCGACGUCUCAGCACCCUCUUUUCCCUCUCCAAGCACUGGAAGGGCUAUGACGUGUUCGCGCGCCAGAAGCUGUCCACCUUCAAGUCCUCCCGUCCAGCCGUCCUCGAACUAGCUGCGCGAUACAAAGAGCUUGCCGAGGAGGCGGAGAAGGGCAGCGGUGGUAAGAGCCCGGAACAGAUCGAGCAGGGCGACCGCAUCCUGUUUUCCGAGAUGUGCGAGAUCUGCCUCUGGGGUAACGCUACCGACCUCUCCCUCCUCACCUCCCUCACCUAUGAGGACAUCCAGAAACUCCAGGGAUCGGAGGCCCGCAAGGCCUCGGAGAAGAAUAUUCUGGUCAACGACCUGAACGCCGCCUUCGACGUGCUCCACAAGGCCCGCCGCGAGCGCAAGUCCGAGGAACGCCGGGUCGACAUCGUCCUCGACAACUCCGGCUUCGAACUCUUCGUCGACCUCAUCCUCGCCGGCUACCUUCUCUCCGCCGGCCUCGCCACCACCGUCGUGCUCCACCCCAAGCUCAUUCCCUGGUUCGUUUCGGACGUCACACCCCCCGACUUCGCGGCCCUCAUCAGUGCCCUUUCCGACGCCCAGGGCUUCUACUCUGCCCCCGAUGACACAGGCAAGACACACGCCCCUCUCUCGGAGAAGGAAGUCUCCGAAGUAGGCUUCCUUUUCGAGCACUGGAGCCACCUCCACCAGGAAGGAAAGUUGAUCAUCCGUCCCCACACCUUCUGGACUACCCCGGGCUCUUACUGGCGUCUGCCGUAUCAGGCACCGGACCUCUUCAAUGACCUGAAAGAGAGCGAGCUGGUGCUGUUCAAGGGUGAUCUGAACUACCGGAAGUUGACCAACGACGCCAUGUGGGACCCCACUACCCCCUUCACAACCGCCAUCGGGCCCCUAGGCCCCAACUCCGGCGUCCGCGUCAUGGCCUUCCGGACCUGCAAGGCCGAUGUCGUGGUUGGGCUUCCGGCCGGCGAGGACGAGAAACUCCGGCAGCUGCCUGGAGGUGGAGGUGACGAGGCCCGGAAGUGGGCGUGGAGUGGGAAGUGGGCCGUUGUAUCGUUUUGCGAUGGCCGGGCCUGA